AUGACUCCUCGUGGAGCUCGGAUUGCGCAUACCCCGGAUUCGUCGUUCAAAGCCCAUACACUUCCGACUAUGAAUCCGACAUUAGUAACAACAGAUAUUGCCGAAUCAAAUUUCAACACGAACCAAGAUUAUAGCCAGGAGAUGGUCUGCUUAGGCUCAAUUCUUUUGGAUGCUUGCUCAAUGAGCUUAGAUAAUAUCAACACUGGGCAAGAACUUUCUCUCUCUGCAAUUGGCGGCUCAGUGCAAUUAUGGGCAAACAAGCACUACCUUGGGCUCCUCAAACGACCUGCCUCCACUAGCUUUCAAGAAAUCCUCAGCAGAUUCGAAAUCGACUAUAAACUUUAUCUAUCAAGCUCUGAAGUUACUAAAACUGAUUCCUCUGUUGAAUUUCAAGUGGCAGUCGAUCUAUAUUGCCUCGAAGAGGAAAGAUUUUCCAUUGGGCGGGCUUUGCUAAGCAGCGAGAUGUACCUGCAAGACCCGUAUGAAAAGAAAAAAGGGGUUGGGUACUCAAACCCGCAUAUACUGGAGGUCUCAGACCCUGAAGUAAUAGAAAAGCUUGCAUCAGAAGGAAUAAAUGUAUAUACUGCUCAGGACCAGGUUGGAAACAAAUCUAAGAAAUCAGCUGUCGAAGAGCUUCGUGGUCAAAAUGAUGAGAUAUCGGAUUUGUUCACAACAGGUUCCGAAAAUACUCCCAGCCUAGAAUACCUGAAUAUACAGGUUAGCUCGAGUAUAACUGUCAAGCUGAAAGAGCACCAAAAUAUUGGUCUAGCUUGGAUGCUGCAGAAAGAAGGGUAUCCUACGCCAAUAAGUCGCUCUUCCAAAUCCCAAGGAGGUAUACUAGCAGACGAGAUGGGAAUGGGGAAAACCUUGACAGCCUUAGCCCUUAUUGCGACAAGUAGAGAUAUGAGUCCACAUCAGAGCAGUGCUCAGAGUUUAGGCACUACAUUAAUCAUAUGUCCUAAAUCAGUCGUUACUGGAUGGGAGGAACAAAUCAAAAGAUUUACAACGAACUUUAGCUACAUAGUUUGUGAGCCGGUCAAUGGGAAGUUACCGGAAAUAAACUUUGCGCAAUAUGAUGUAGCCAUAGCUACCUAUGCUGCUUUGCAUUCGAGAUCCAGAACGGCAGGAAAGAUUUCAGCAUUUUAUUGGAGGAGAAUAAUUUUAGACGAAGGCACGCCUAUACAAAAUAAACUUGAUGACUACGGGUCGCUUCUCGAAUUCCUUCAGCACGAUACAUAUGGCACCCGCUCGGCAUUCCAGUCAAGGAUCAUUAAAUCGUUAGGGCAGAGGGGCGAGGAGUCCCUGCAGGAACUUCAACAGUUAGUCGCAGAGACAACUUUGCGUAGACUAAAACUCCAUUCCAGAUUAGAUUUACCAGUGCGAAGAGAUAUAGUACAGCAGCUCGAUUUCAACGCCGAUGAAGAGCGUCUACACAGACUACUCGGCCGGUUUGUCAACGCUAAAAUUCAGAAUGCGGUCCGGCAGGGAACACUUAAAAAUAUCGGAACCUACGCUACUCAAUUGAUCCUAAGGUUGAGACAGGUUUGUAAUCAUGGUGUUCACCUUUUGCCCCCAUUGGUUCAAGAAGAACUUCGGCGGUUCGAAUGUCAAGGAGGUGAGGAAUACGCGAUAUCCCACACCUUCACUGAGCCGAUUUGUGAAUUGUGCAAGAGUUCCGAAUUAUCGGCAACAAUUACCGGAAACUCAGUAACUUAUGAGGAUUGUCAACACGCAAUUUGUUCUAAAUGUAAUUCGGAUGCAAUUGAAUGUCCGCUGUGCUUCAAGUCCGCUCAAGAUUAUACUAUAUCAACCACCCAGCCAUCGACAAAAGUUCAAAAUCUUAUAUCGAAUCUCCAGUCAGGCUUCAGCGGGAAGAGUGUUGUAUUCAGUUGUUGGACGAAGAUGUUGGAUUUAGUCGAGGUGGCUCUGAAAAGUAACGGGAUAGGGUUCACCCGGAUGGAAGGCUCAUUGACGACGAGGGAGCGGAAAGAACAUCUACACACAUUUCGAAAUGACCCCAACUGUAGAGUUUUUCUAUCGACCUUGGGAAGUGGGAGCACAGGUCUCGAUCUCACCGUGGCCUCUGAAGUACAUCUCCUAGAGCCACAGUUCAACCCAAUGCUAGAAGAGCAAGCCCUGGCGCGAGUGCAUAGAAUUGGCCAAACAAACCCGGUUACCACUAUCAGAUAUAUUAUGAGGAAUUCUUAUGAAGAGCAAAUCUUGGAACGGCAAAAUAAAGAGCUUCAACUCGCAGGGUUAUGCGUUUCGGGUACCGUCCGUGCAACCGGAUCUAUAGAAAAGUAUUUGGAGUGUUUAGAGGCUGUCAUACGAUAG